CUGAUCGGCCGCUGCACCAGUUCCGAAGGGCGGCAGCGAUGCUUCGAGGCGAGGAAGGGCAGGGACCACGCUCUCCAAGGAUCUUGCUCCGCACCCUUCAGCCCCGGCCGCCCCGAUUAUCCCUCCGCUGCCACGUCUCUUCCGGGUGCGGCGCGCCCUGAUGACGCCAUCGAGCCCCUGGGCCGCGCCUCCGCUGACGCUAGACGUGAAGACGGGUGGAAAAGAGAGGGGGUCCGAGCGCCGCGGACCUCUCGCCCUACGUCACUUCCGCUUCCUUCUCCGCAGGGCGGGUAAUUCGAAAGUUUUUAGCAGCGAGUGGCCUUCCCCGUUGGCACGCGCCCGGGGCGGCGGCGCUGGAGGAGCUCGAGACCGAGCCUAGUUAUGUCUGGGAGGCGAACGCGGUCCGGAGGAGCCGCUCAGCGCUCCGGGCCAAGGGCACUAUCUCCUGCUAAGCCUCUGCGGAGGUCCCAGCGGAAAUCAGGCUCUGAACUCCCGAGCAUCCUCCCUGAAAUCUGGCCGAAGACACCCAGUGCGGCUGCAAUCAGAAAGCCCAUCGUUUUAAAGAAGAUCGUGGCCCAUGCUGCAGAGGUCCCAGCUGUCCAGUCACCUCGCAGGAGCUCUAGGAUUGCCUUUUUCUUGGAGAAAGAAAACGAGCCCCCUGGCAGGGAGCUUACUAAAGAGGACCUUUUCAAGACACACAGCAUCCCUGCCACCCCCACCCCCACUCCUGUGCCCAACCCUGAUGCCGAGUCCAGCUCCACGGAAGGAGAGCUGGACGCCAGAGACUUGGAAAUGUCUAAGAAAGUCAGGCGUUCCUACAGCCGGCUGGAGACCCUGGGCUCUGCCUCCACCUCCACCCCAGGCCGCCGGUCCUGCUUUGGCUUCGAGGGGCUGCUGGGGGCAGAAGACUUGUCCGGAGUCUCACCAGUGGUGUGCUCCAAAUUCACUGAGGUCCCCAGAGUCUGUGCAAAGCCCUGGGCCCCAGACAUGACUCUCCCUGGAAUCUCCCCACCACCCGAGAAACAGAAACGUAAGAAGAAGAAGAUGCCAGAGAUCUUGAAAACGGAGCUGGAUGAGUGGGCGGCAGCCAUGAACGCGGAGUUUGAAGCUGCUGAGCAGUUUGAUCUCCUGGUUGAAUGAGAUGCAGGGGGGGUGCACCUGGCCAGACUCUCCCUCCUGUCCUGUACAUAGCCCCCUCCCUGUGGAGGGGACACUUAGGGUCCCCUCCCCUGGUCUUGUUACCUGUGUGUGUGCUGGUGCUGCACAUGAAGCCUGUCUGCCUUUGAGGGCUUGGGCAGCAGUGGCAGCCAUCUUGGUUUUAGGAAAUGGGGCCGCCUGGCCCAGCCACUCACUGGUGUCCUGUCUCUCGUCGUCCUGUCCUUCCUAUCUCUCCAAAGUACCACAGCCAGUUUCCAGAUGGGCCGCAGACUGGGGAGGAGAAUCACUGGCCCAGCCAGAAGUUAAAGGGCUGAGGGUUGAGGUGAGGGGCACCCUCUGCUCUUGCUGGGAAGGGUGGCUCCUUGGAAAUAGGCCCAGGGGUUCUGCCAGCCUCGGCCUUUCCAUCCUGAGUUGCCUUCUGUUGGUGGCUUUCUUCCUGAACCCAUCUGCAUAAAGAGGUUUUCGGUUCCGUGGGUUUUCCUUCCAAUUCUGUAAAUAGUCCCAGAGAGAAUUCGUGGGCUGAGGGCAAUUCUAUCUUGGAGGAAGAAGCUGGACAUUCAGCCUGUGGAGUUUUGAAGGAUGUGGGGAGCCUUAGUUGGGUCUCAGACCAUAAGUGUGUACUACACAGAAGCUGUGUUUUCUAGUUCUGGUCUGCUGUUGAGAUGUUUGGUAAAUGCCAGGUUGAUAGGGCACUGGCUGCUUGGAGCAAAGGGGCCACCAGGUGCUGUGGGUUUCUGUGGCUCACGGCCUCUGGGCUGGUGCCUUGCGCAGGGCCCACGCUGGAGUCUUACCACUCUGCUGCAGGGGUGGAAGGUAGCCCCUCUUGUCACCCACACCCAUUUCUUACAAAAUGAGUUACACAGAGUCUACUUGGCCCUAGAAGAAAAAGUUGAAGAAUCCCAGUCUUACUAGCAUUUUGCUAGUAAGUCCUCGGAAACUCCUCGUGUACUAGACAGAGGCGAGGGCUGACAGCAAUUUUAGUUUUUGGCCUCCCUAUCCUCUCACAUGAGAACACUGCCUGGAUGCAUCUCAUGAUCUCUGGAGAAUUUCCCCAUCUUUCUCUUCUUUGAAUACUGAGGAUUCAAUAGUGUGGAUUUGAAGGCUGCCCUGCCCCGACUCUGCCGCUGCACCCCAGUCCAUUGUACCUUUUGAUGUUUAUAAGUUCAUGGAAGUAGACGCUGAGGUGUGCAGAGGAGCUGGUGGAUAACAGAGAAUGCCAGUGAAGAUGAGUGCUGGGUCAGGGUACUUGGAAGAAACGUUGCAGGCCAGGCGGGCCCUAAUAAAACCCUCUGCCAGGCCUGGGAGUCCCAGGCCAUCUGCUCAAUGCUCUGUGCUUUGUCAGACCUGCAAGCAAGCCCCCUUGCCGGGGAAGCCUAGGUGUCCUUGAGCUGAACCGCACUGAAGAACUCUUGUCCUCACUGGCUGAUGUGGCAGAACUCUUGGGAAAUGUCUCAGUCCUGCAGAAUCAGGGGUCACCAGAUGAUGCAGAGUUGAGAUCAUCACUGCAAACUUCUCUGUUCCUGAGGAACUAAAUUUCAGGAGAAAAAUAGGAUUUUGUUUUAUAGUUGGAAAAAAAUCCUGAUUAAAGAUUUUCUGCCUGUUC